AUGAAAAUUUUCAUUACACUUGCUGCUGCAUUCUUGGCUGUCACACAAGUCAACAUUAAUGCCGAUCACAUCUCGCGAAAUCUGAUUCUAGGAGGUGAUAUCAUUCCAAAGGGUACAAAGACGUACACAUGUGGCAUUCGCGCGACCCCAGAGAAUGACAACCACUGCGCUGGUGUUCUGGUUACAUCCAUGAUCGUAAUGACCUCAGCAAUUUGUACCAGCAUUCAGGAGGAUUUGAAACCGAACUAUGUGGCAGUGGGAAAUCACUAUAUCAACGGAACGGAAGACGGCGAGGUCAUCAAAGUGAUCAAGGCCCAGAACCACACAUUGCUUGAUAUAAUGAUUCCUGCCUACGACUAUGGCUUUUUAAUCCUUGAAAAGCCAAGCAAGUUUCCGCCGAUCGAACUUGCUACAGAAGCGGACAUUGAAUUUGCUAUGUUGACGAAAGUCAUGGGCUGGGGAUUGACCAAUCAUCCCGAUGUACCAGAAACGUCUGAUGGCUUUGAAACCUCUUAUGAAUUGCGUGGUGUUGACGUUCAGGUGUGGAAAAAUGAAGACUGCGCAGUUUGCUUCAAUGGCGCGAUUGAUCCGACGGAUGUGUGUUUUGGUGGUCAUCCGAACAAAACAUUCUCCUAUGGUGAUUUUGGAGGUCCACUAAUCAAGGAAACGCCUGAAAAAGACCUUCUUGUGGGGGUCGCCACCUACACUUCCGGUGGUGUUGCAGGAAUGCCGAGCAUUGCUUCUCGUGCGUCAGCAGCUGCUGCUUUUAUCAACGAACUAAGUGCUAGUCUAACGCCCGGUCCUCUUUCAUCGUAA